UCUUUUCUCACCCUCCUUUACUCCUGCUUCACUUCCUCACGCCUUUUUUCUCUUCUCUUUUCUCUUCUCUAAUUCUAUCUCUCUCAAUAAAAUCCUUCUCAGUAGCCAUUCUGUUACACACUCCAUCUUCUCUCUGUUUUUCGUUUCAAAGUCCAACAACACCAGAAAAUCGAUGAAGUGGGAUGAGAGCUUGACUUUCUGUGGCAUAUUUUAUAUGGGUAUGUGAUCGCAGGGUAUCUAUCGGCAAUUGAGUGAUGGGGGGUAUCUGCUCUAGGAAGAGAGAUCAGCACGUGGUGGAAGAUGAUUUACAUAGAGGAAUUUCGGGAAGGUAUUGUAGAAGUGGCAGCAUAAAAUGGUCGAGGUCCAGGAGUUUACGUUCCAAGUCCAAUCAAUGUCAAUGUCCUGGAGGGGGAACCUGUCCCUCUCUCAUGGAUUUGUGCAUAAAUAGGAUACGGGAGGAUUUUCACAAAUACGAAUCCUUUUCUAUUCUUCCAAGAGACAUUAGCCAGCAGAUCUUCAAUGAAUUGGUUGAUUCUCACUGCCUGACAGAAGCUUCUCUCGAAGCUUUCCGAGAUUGUGCUCUUCAGGAUAUUGACCUGGGUGAAUAUAGUGGAGUGGAUGAUAAUUGGAUGGAUGUCAUCUCUUCCCAAGGGUUGUCUUUACUUUCAGUUGAUGUUUCUGGGUCUCAGGUGACAGAUAAUGGACUACGACUCCUAAAGGAUUGCUCAAACCUUCAAGCAUUGACUCUCAAUUACUGUGAUCAAUUUUCAGAAUAUGGGCUCAAGCACAUAAGUGGUCUUUCAAACUUGGAUUCCUUGAGUAUCAGGAAGAGCAGCAGUGUCAAGCCUGAUGGAAUGCGUGCUUUCUCCAACUUAUUUAAUUUGGAGAAGUUGGACCUUGAGAGGUGUUCAGAAAUUCAUGGUGGAUUUGUUCAUCUUAAAGGUUUGAAAAGGCUUGAGUUCCUCAAUAUUGGAUGCUGUAAAUGUGUUACGGAUUCAGACAUGAAGUCUAUCUCAGUGGGGAUGCAUGUGAAACUAUCUACUGAAAAAUCCUAUCCUUCACCAAUGCAUAACUUUCGAAUAGGGAUGGCAAUUGCACCCAAACUCAACAAGCUUAUAAAUUUGAAGGAGUUACACAUUUCCAACAGCAGUAUUACUGAUAUUGGGAUUUCCUAUUUAAGAGGUUUGGAGAAGCUUACCACAUUAAAUGUUGAAGGAUGCAAUAUUACUGGUGCGUGCUUGGAGUCUAUUCAUGCCUUGGCUUCCUUGGCAUGCUUAAAUCUCAGCAGAUGUGGUCUCUCCAAUGAUGGAUUUGAGAAAAUUGCUGGUCUUAAAAGCUUGAAGAGGUUAAGCUUGGCUUUUAACAGGAUCACCGAUGCAUCUUUAGUUCAUCUAAAAGGUUUAACAAAUUUGGAGUAUUUGAAUCUGGAUUCUUGCAGGAUAGGCGAUGAUGGGCUUGCUAAUUUGACAGGCCUCACACUCUUGAAAAGUCUGGUGCUGUCGGACACUGACAUUGGGAAUAGCGGACUGCGGUAUAUAUCAGGUUUAAAUAAACUCGAAGAUUUAAAUCUGUCAUUUACUACAGUAACUGAUAAUGGCCUGAAAAGGUUGUCAAGGUUGACACAACUUAAAUCACUUAAUCUGGACACCCGACUGAUUACCGACAACGGGCUUUCAAAUCUUAUCGGUCUGAGUGGAUUGGUAACAUUGGAUCUCUUUGGAGCACACAUUUCAGACCAUGGAACUGCAUAUUUGCGAUCAUUCAAGAACUUGCAAUCCCUUGAAAUAUGUGGCGGAGGAUUAACUGAUGAUGGCGUAAAAAAUAUAAGAGAAAUUGUCUCGCUGACACAGCUAAACCUGUCCCAGAAUUGCAACUUGACAGAUAAAACUUUGGAAUUGAUAUCUGGCAUGACAGCACUGCGGUCGCUAAAUGUUUCAAAUUCUCGUAUAACCAAUGGAGGACUACGGUAUCUGAAGCCUUUAAAGAAUUUACGCAGUCUUACCUUGGAGUCUUGCAAGGUUACUGCUUCUGAAAUUAAGAAGCUUCAGUCAACUGAUCUUCCAAAUUUGAUAAGCUUUCGGCCAGAAUAAACCAGGAGAGAAUUAUGUUAUCUAUCUGGUGAACAAUUCUCUGUACAUAUUUACGGCCACUGUUUGAAUAGUUAAGAAAAAUGUACAUAAAAUUAGCAUGCAAGAAUGUAAUUAUGCCCUAUUUUGCAUGUUUGUAUUUUCCCGUCUAAGAAUAAUUGUGCAUAUAUCUUUCUUUUCCCCUUUCUCUCCUGGAUUUAGAUGCCUGAUGGGGCUAUCUAUAUUGUCUGUGCAUAUUCUCAUGUAUGUGUAUGUUUGGACCAGAGUGAUGAUGCUCAUUACUGUAUCCGUAAAGUAAUGAAUUGUGACUGGCUUUUAGUUACUGACUAAUGUUUAUAUCUGAUUUUUGUGGGAUGCA